GAGUCUGGGGUCAAUUGGACGAAGAACGGACGAAUGGCGAGGUUUUUGGGGAGCUGCACGGGCAGACCAGGGAGGCUGCACGGCCGUGCACGGUUGCAAGCUGGCCGUGCGCCUCAUGCCGAGGAGCUGCACGGACAGGCCCUGAAGAUUGCACGGCCGUGCACCUGGCCGUGCAAGAAGCCUGAGUUCGACUUAAGGGAUACGCUGCGUUUCAUGGUGCACGGCCAGAAUGGUGAGGUGCACGGCCGUGCACCCUGGCCGUGCAACUCGGGAAACCCGGUUUUAAAGCCUAAUCCAAGCCAGAAGUGAGAGGAGAGUGUUUUCAGAGCAAAAACAGAGCCCUAGAGAGAGAAAGUACGAAGAACACAUCCUAGAAGCUGUCUUAGAGCUGGAUUUCAUCGAAUCGAGCCUGGAGAUCGUCAUAGGAGUGAAAAUCAUCGUCCCGGAGCAGAUUAUCCUCAUCGUUAUGAGUAUGACUAAUCCGAUUCUUGUUUUCUCUUCUCUCUCUAUGGAGUAGAACCCUUCUCUCACUUGGGGAUGAAGAACCCUAGUUCCAUGCGUUAGGGGAUUGAUUGUAAUGACUUGGGAUGAUACUACUGUUUGAUUUUAAUCGAAUGAUGCAUGUUUCAUGAAUUGAUUUGAGUCUGAUCAGCUUGUCUCAAUUUCUGCUUCAACCUGAGAUAGAUAGAAUCUGAUUAGGUUGUUAGAGCCUCUUCAUUCGAUAGUAGGAGGUUGGCUAUACGAGAGUUAGCCAGUUUACUGCUUUGUAUUGGUGUUCUUGGCGCCAGUAGUGGAGUUCUGGGUUCAUAGCCUCAGCUUUCUAUCCCGGUGAAGACUAGUCGUCUGCCGGGUAGUUAGACUGAGAGGGCUUGGUCAGCUUAAGAGAUUCCAAGCUACUGUCGGAUCUUCCGCAGUCUAAUCAACAGUAAAUCAACCCAGGGUAAAUUGCAAUUGAAACCUAACUAAGGAGCUAGGGGGAUUCAUUCCCGAGUGACUCUUUCCUGCUUAAGAAAACCGAUUAAUUUUC